CGGCCCCAUUCCGCGUUCGCUCGUCCGUGUAAAUUUCCUCGUCGCUCCCCCUCCAAACCCUAGCCGCACCCCUUCUUCGUUUCCUCCCCUCGCAGCAGCCGCCGCAGCCGCCCGCCGCCGCCGCCGCCAUGGGCAGAAGGCCUGCAAGGUGCUAUCGCCAGAUCAAGAACAAGCCGUAUCCCAAAUCCAGGUACUGCCGUGGUGUACCGGACCCCAAGAUCAGGAUCUAUGAUGUUGGAAUGAAGAAGAAGGGCGUUGAUGAGUUCCCCUACUGUGUUCACCUUGUCUCUUGGGAGAAGGAGAAUGUAACCAGUGAGGCUCUUGAGGCUGCACGUAUCGCUUGCAACAAGUACAUGACCAAGUCUGCAGGAAAGGAUGCCUUCCACCUGAGGGUCCGGGUUCACCCGUUCCAUGUGCUUCGUAUCAACAAGAUGCUUUCGUGUGCUGGGGCUGAUAGGCUCCAGACUGGAAUGAGGGGUGCCUUUGGCAAGCCCCAGGGUACCUGCGCUAGGGUGGACAUUGGCCAGGUCCUCCUUUCUGUGCGGUGCAAGGACAGCAAUGCUGCCCAUGCCAGUGAAGCUCUGCGUCGUGCCAAGUUCAAGUUCCCUGGCCGCCAAAAGAUCAUUGAGAGCAGAAAGUGGGGCUUCACCAAGUUCAGUCGUGCUGAUUACCUGAAGUACAAGAGUGAGGGUAGAAUUAUGCCUGAUGGUGUCAACGCUAAGCUGCUUGGUAACCAUGGCCGACUUGAGAAGCGCGCUCCAGGGAAGGCUUUCCUUGAAGCUGCCUAGGCUUCUACAGUGGAAUGCGAUUCUGGAUGUUUUGCUUCAGCUUAUCUUGUUUUGCUUUCUGGAACAUGGACUAAGUGCUUGUAGUAUUACUGAGCUCUGUGUGAAUCGGCAUUAUGCAUAUUGUGUUGGUAUUUGACUCAGAAUGGGUUGCUCUGAAUGCCCUUCAAGUAUUAUGGUUCCGAAUCUAUCGUUAA